GAAUUGUUUUAUUUCCUGAAAGGUCAGAUCGUUAUCUUUUUCCGAUCCCACCCUCAUUAGAAUUUUCUGAGAAAUUAUUUCUCUAUUUCUGCAUUAACAAAAUGCCAAAAUUUUCGAAAGAAGAUCGAAAAAAACACAAGAAAACGCGAAAGAAGAAAGAAGCAAAAGGCAACAAUCCCCAUCCGAGAACGAUUGCAUUGAAGGAUGCGGCAAGAAAACGAAAGACGAAGACACUGAUCAGAGCAGAGCCACUGGAAACAUCCUAUGGAUCAUCGAAGAGACGUCGACCAAAUGAUUGGAAGAAAAAGAUGAGGAAGAAGGAAAGAAAGAGAAGAUACUUCAGACAGGAUUGGUUCUGGGGAAUGAUAACACAGACUGAAGCUGAGGGACAUCUCAAAGAUUGCCGCCACGGAGAGUUUCUCGUUCGAAGUAUGCUCUUCCAAGAUAAUCCUAUAGUUGUCAUCGAUGUCGUCGUAGUCUCUGACAAGUCUAGAACGUUCCAACAAUUUCAAGCUUCUCCAGUUGUAUCGAAAUGGCAGUUGGAUUCGUACCCAUCUCGACACAAGACAUUGGUUGACCUGGUCGCUUACUACAACAGACACUUCAUUGGGAUGACUGGAUUGAAGUUGAAAACAGCUGCAAAACAACCGGAUUGGUUUCUCAAAAGCUACAAUAUCAUGUGCCCGAAGAACGCGGUGAACCUAGGGAGUGGUCAGUAUGGAUGUGUGGCAAUUGGUGCAUACCGACGACGUCUAGUGGCUAUAAAAAAACUGACAAGUAGUGGAGAACGGUUGCUGUUGGACAGAGAAGCACUUCUGAAAGAGGCAAUGUUCAUGCAAAAACUACAACAUCCUUACAUCACAAAGAUUAUUGGAAUUUCGAUUGACAAAACGCCUCCGAUGUUGCUGAUCGAGUUGAUGGCGUGUCCUUUGCUCGAUCAUCUUCAAAAAUAUGGAAAGUACACUACAAUCGGGGAGAAACUUCUCUACCUGUGGCAACUUGCAAGAGGAUUAAGCUUCAUGGCCAAAGAAAACGUUGUUCAUCGAGAUAUCGCAGCAAGAAACGUCCUGUUCAGCCGUCAUGGGAUUGUAAAAGUCUCCGAUCUUGGUUUGUCAGAUUACGAAUCGAAGCUUCAAGCGGUGAACACAAGUAAAGAACGCUUGCCCCGAGCAUGGCUACCUCCAGAGAGUGUUUCAAAAACUGGCGGUAAUAAAUUCAACGAGAAAACCGAUGUUUGGAUGUUUGGAGCCACUUCUGUCGAGGUAUUCCAAAAUGGACAACCACCAUACCACGAACUUAAGUGGAAGGAAGCCCUACCAAGACUACAAAACUUCAAAGACGGAGACAAUCUUCUGGUUUUUCCCAAAUAUGCUUCUUCUGAGAUUCAUGCGUUCUACUCUACCAAAGUGUUCAAACGUGUGAAUGAGGAUCGUGUGAACUUUGAAGAGAUAACCAGUGUGCUCGACAACUGGUUGAAUAUCAAAUUCCCACCACCGUCAUUGGAGAAGCGUACCGUCAAUAUGAUCCCGAAUUGUCAUCCACUGACCAACGCGGAGUAUGAGAUUUUGUACCAGAAUAACAUGGAUUGGUUGCCAGCCGUGCGAAAAGUUAAAAGGAAGAGGGAAGAAAGGGAGAAGAGCAAGACAAUAAAGAGCAGCACGAAGAAGAAGAAGAAGGCUCAAGAGGUUUUGAAAAUGUUGAAGAGGAAGCUGAUAAGGAAGAGAAAACGACGUCGGAUUCAAAUAAAGUUGCAGAUGUACAGAGAGCAACGCCGGGAGCACAAGAGAAAGUUUAAGGCUCUGAUUGCUUUCUAUCUGAUGUAUCCUCAACGAGAAGUUCCGCGUCGCAAGAAAAUUCGAGCUAAACAUGAAUAUCUUGUGGAUAUUUACUCGAGGAUUCUCAUGGCAAAAUGGAGAAAACAAGCACCAACCCGCAGAACACGGCUUCGUCUUCGGAGACAUCGUCUGAUUAACAAGAAGUCAAAGCAUAAGGCAUCGCGAAAUGGGAAACUUGUGAGAAUUAAAAAGAAGACAAAAAGAGUUAAGCGAGGCAAAUUUGUUCGACCCUUGAUGCCCAGGAUUCCAAAGUUCGUCGCCAAGAAGAAGAAGCUGAAGAAAGUUGAUGGAAAGAAGGUGCUGAAGAGGAAGGAAAUCGUGCUCACGUUGAAGGUUCGGAAGGCUUCCACUGCGAAGAAGACUAAGAAAGCCAUGCAAGAAAAGAAACGAAAGAGACUGAGAGCAAAGAGACGAUUGAGACGGUUCAUUAUGCGGAAACGGUUAAAGAAGAAGUUGAGGAAGAGAUAUCGCGGAGCCAAACGACGUCGAAAGCGUCAAAAGUAUCGCCUCCGAUAUCGCAAAAAGAAGUACCAGCUGAGAAAAGGAGCAUUGAACAUGGAGCAGAAGGAACGUAUGAGGGAAUUGAAAAAAAGGCGUCGAAUGAAGAAACAGAAAAUUGAUAGAUUGCAUCGAAAUCGAAAGAUUGGACAGAUUCUUCGAGAAUGGAGAGUUGUUCGAAAACUUUUGAUGGUCAAAAGAGCUAGGCGGACGUUGAAGAAAAAAAUGAGAAAGAAGGUGAAGCAACAGAUGUUGAAAAAGAUGGAAGAGGCGGCAGCAAAGGAAAAUGAGAAGGAAAUCAGGAAGACGAAGAAGAAAAGUAAGGAUAAGAAGGAAGGAAGAAAGGAAGAAAGUAAGGAAAAAGCCCAUAAGAAGUCGAAGCCCAAAAAGUCCAAUCGCCGUGGUCAUAUGAAUCAGAAGAAGGCCAAGAGGACCAAGAAGCAUAAACUCUGAUUAUUUACUCGUAUAAAUUUUAUUGUCGAAAA